GCCCGACGGUGACCAUGGCGCGCGGCGACCGAGACGACGCCGACCCGCCCCGUCCAUCGCGCUUCUGGAUCAUCUCCGACAAGCGGCUCGCAUCGGGCGCGACCUUGACUUUCUUUCCCGAGUUGGAACGUGGACUCGCCCUCAUCGACGAAGUGGACUUUUUCUUCUUGGGAGGGCCGCCCGCGGAAAGCCGUCCAUUCCUUUGGAGACGGCUUGGCGUCGAAGGCGGGGCAACGACUUUGGCGGCUGAGGCCGGGACCGAUGUCGGGGUGGCCCGCGGCCCCUCCGCUAGCUCCGCCCCUGCCCCGGGCGGAUCCCGCCCUUUGGCGAGCGCCACCAACUUGGCCAUCUAUGCGUCCGUCUGGCAGGUUUGCGGGCGGCGGGCGGCCCCCGAACGGGUUGCCGGCCAGUCGCCCCCCAAAUCGGGCCCGGAGCGGAGGCCGACGUUUGCCGUCCGUUGUCCGUGGCCGGAGGCCGCUCUUGUAUUCGUUGUGCGGUCCAUGAAGAAACAUCUGCCAAAUGUUUGUCUUCUCUCCGUCUUUGGCCGACGGCACGGCCACGUUUCCUCUCCUCUCCUCCCGCGUCGUGUUUGGCGUUUGGCUCUUGUUUUGUUUUCCAACUCCCUCGUCUGUUUUGAAUCUGCCCUUUUGAACGGAACAGUGCGAGUGCGCGUUUUUUGGGGGGGGGCGUGGUGGGGGCGGGCGUUUGACCCCGCCCAUUCGGCGCGCGUCACUCGGCCGCUGAUUGUCCGUCCAAUUAGCGUGGGGCUGUGACGUCACCGUCGGGCUCCGACGAGGGACGUGGCGCGGCGGCUCUCCCCAGUCGCCUUCGGAACCCCCCUCCCCUCGGCGGCGCGCGCCGUACGCGGACGCUCAUGAGGACGGACGGCGGCCAUGGAGUCCACCCCGAACCCGAAGCCGGUACCGGCGCGACGCGUGUGCACGCUGACGGUGCUGCUGUGCGUGUGCCCGUUGUGCUGCCAGGCCAGCUGGAUGCUGCUGGGCGCCGACGGGCCGGACCAUCGAUGGUCCCGGGACGGCGGCUGCCGCUCGCUCCCCCUGAGCGCCCGGCAGCGCGAGGUGUGCCGCAAGCGGAGCUUCCUGGCGCCCAGCAUCGUGGACGCCGCCCGGCUGGCCCUCGGCGAGUGCCAGAACCAGUUCCGGCACGAGAGGUGGAACUGCUCCGGCGGCCGCGACCCGGCCCUCUUUGGACACCAGCUGACCAGCGGAACCAAAGAGACGGCGUUCGUGUACGCGGUGAUGGCGGCCGGCCUGGUGCACGCCGUCACGCGCUUCUGUAGCCGCGGCAACGUGAGCGAGUGCGGCUGCGACGCCCGCCUCCAGGGCCCGGCGGAGGCCUGGCACUGGGGCGGCUGCUCGGACCACGUCCAGUACGGGACCUGGUUCAGCCGGCGCUUCCUGGCGCACGCCGCCGUCAACGCCUCGGCCGGGACGCGCGCGCAGGCCCUCCUCCGGAUGAACCGGCACAACAGCGAAGCCGGCAGGCAGGCGGUGGCGACCACCAUGUCGACGGACUGCCGCUGCCACGGCGUUUCGGGCUCGUGCGCCGUGAAGACGUGCUGGCGGACGAUGGCGCCGUUCGGCCGCGUGGGCGCCUACCUGAAGGAGCGCUACGAGGGCGGCGUGCGCCUCAAGAGGAAGGAGCCCCGGGCGCCCGACAAGCACCAGCUGGUCUUUGUCAGCAAGUCGCCCAACUACUGCCUGGAGGACCGGCGCGGCGGCGUGCUGGGCACCAGGGGGCGCCGCUGCAACCGCACCUCCGGGGGGCCGGACGGAUGCAAGCUGCUGUGCUGCGGCCGCGGCUACGACACCCGCGUGGAGCGCCACGUGCGCCGAUGCGCCUGCAAGUUCGUGUGGUGCUGCUACGUCCGAUGUCGCCGAUGCGAGAGCAUGAGCGACGCGCACGCCUGCAAGUGAAACGCCCGCCGCCGCCGCGGACUGCUUUGGCUCUCGGCCUUUUCCCAAAUAAAUCCCCGCUCCAUCCAAAAAAAAAAAAAAGGCCUUCUCUAUGUCUCUUCGGGCACCUCAACAAUCCAAC